CACUUGAACUCAACUAGCGAACACACCAUGUCUGGAAGAGGCAAAGGCGGCAAGGGACUCGGAAAAGGAGGCGCCAAGCGUCACCGCAAAGUUCUCCGCGAUAACAUCCAGGGAAUCACCAAACCCGCUUAUCCGCCGUCUGGCUGCCGCGGCGGCGAGCGUAUUUCCGGUCUGAUCUACGAGGAGACCCGCGGUGUCCUGAAGGUGUUCCUGGAGAACGUGAUCCGUGACGCAGUCACCUACACCGAGCACGCCAAGAGGAAGACGGUUACCGCCAUGGACGUGGUCUACGCUCUGAAACGUCAGGGACGCACCCUGUACGGUUUCGGCGGUUAA